AUGUCCGUUAAAGUAAACAUAAACACAAAAAGAGAUUGUGAGACUGGUAUAAAUUACUGUGAAUGGAAAAAGACUAUUAAAGUCUCUGGUUGGAGUCAAGCAUGCUCUAGCCCACUGAAUCGGAUUUGGCGAAACUUCUUUAAAGUCGCCUGUCAUUUAUGUUACCAGUCCUUUCAGCUCUUCUACAUGCGUAUAAUUAAGCUGGCUGGAUUCAACUUAGGAGUGUGCGAUAAUAGAUGCACUCGACACAUCAUCCUUAUUAAAAUUUUAGAGUUCGUUGUAAAUAAUGCUUUAAUUAAAAAAUGUUUUCUUCUAGUGGAUACCUCCAAACUGUGGUCAGGUUUUAAAGUUAUUAUAAAAAUGACGCAUUCAAAUUUAAGUCCAUCCUGUAUGCACUGGAAUUAUUCACAACCAAACAAAUGGAUUCCUUUUCGCAUCUUUCGAGCCCUCAGAUAA